AGAGACACAAUAAACCCGGUUCUCUUAACCAUGCCCAUUAAACCGGUUUUAACUACCCUAAUAGCAUUUUUCAUUCUUGCUCUCUACGCAAUUCCAUUGCAUUCCUCUCUAUCUUCUAUUGCUACAACUAUCAUAACCAAUUCCCAACUCGGAGCAUUAACAAUACAUUCAACAUUCUUUGGAUACAGACACCACCAUGAGCCAAUAAAACGUUGUGAGAAAUGGACUUCAAGGCUUACACACCAAUACCAGACUUCUCUUGUGUUGAUUGUUGAUUUGCAUGGGUGUGGUAACUUCAGCAAUGUUCAAAGUGCCAUUGAUGCUGUCCCUGAUUUAAGCCCUUCCAAGACUCUCAUCAUCGUCAAUUCGGGUUCUUAUAGGGAAAAAGUUACGGUUAAUGAAAACAAGACAAAUCUUGUUCUUCAAGGAAGAGGAUAUCAAAACACAUCCAUCGAAUGGAAUGACACAGCAAAAUCCGCAGGAAGCACUGCUGAUAGCUUCUCCUUUGUAGUGUUUGCAGCUAACUUCACAGCUUACAACAUCAGUUUCAAGAAUAUUGCGCCAGAACCGGAUCCUGGUGAAGCUGAUGGACAAGCGGUAGCUCUAAGGAUUGAAGGGGACCAAGCUGCCUUUUAUGGGUGUGGUUUCUACGGGGCUCAAGACACGCUUCUAGAUGAUAGUGGAAGGCACUUCUUCAAAGAUUGCUUCAUUCAAGGCUCCAUAGAUUUCAUAUUUGGAAAUGGAAGAUCACUUUACCAGGAUUGUACAAUUAAUUCAAUAGCAAAGGGGAAUGCAUCUGCUGGAGUUACCGGAUCAAUCACGGCUCAGGGAAGACAAUCAAAAGAUGAAGAAUCAGGAUUCUCUUUUGUGAAUUGUAAGAUAGAUGGAAGUGGGGAAGUGUUGCUUGGACGAGCUUGGGGAGCCUACGCUACCGUCGUGUUCUCAAAUACUUACAUGUCUGGAAUCAUCACUCGAGAAGGAUGGAAUGACUGGGGCGACCCAGCCAAACAAAAGACAGUGACUUUUGGUGAGCAUAAGUGCUAUGGACCCGGAGCAAAUUACAAAGAGAGGGUUUCGUUUGGGAAACAACUCACAGACUCUGAAGCAUCUUCUUUCAUAGAUCUUUCUUUUAUAAAUGGUGAUCAAUGGCUUAAUGAUCACACCAACAAACUCUCUGACCUUACAUCUAAGGAUAUUAGAGACGAUCUUAUUGGGUUUUACUAACGUUUAUAAAAGAUGCAUAGGGAAAAAAAACCAUUAAGAUAUCUAGAUACAUAUAUAUAUAUUCUGUUAGUCACACAUUGAGAUAUGAGUUGUGAUGAAGAUCAUAUAUUUAUGUAACUUGAGGUCGAGGUGUUCAACUAGAUAUCAUUCAAGCAUAACAUCUUCAGACAAACCCAUCAAAAUGAAUAACCAUGUGUUGAAUUAGCUCUCGUUUUUAAAUAAAAUUUCUAAGUGAUUUGUGAA